UUUCUUGUUUGACACUGGUCACAGUAUUUGAAAGUAAAAAGAAUGUUACUGCAGAUUCAGAAAUCAGGUGCAUAUAAAAUUUAAGCUCAGGGUAUUAAAGGAAUCACAGCCAGUGUUGUUAGGCUUUCAUUUUUUCUGUCUUUUUGUCUGUUCAGACAUGGUAACUUUUCUACCCAUUAUUUUUUCCAUUCUAGUAGUGGUUACAUUUGUUCUUGGAAAUUUUGCUAAUGGCUUCAUAGCAUUGGUAAAUUCCAUUGACUGGGUCAAGAGGCAAAAGAUCUCCUUUGCUGACCAAAUUCUCACUGCUCUGGUGGUCUCCAGAGUUGGUUUGCUCUGGGUAAUAUUACUACAUUGGUAUUCAACUGUGUUUAAUCCAGAUUUGUUUAGUUUAGAAGCAAGAAUUACUGUUUAUAAUGCCUGGGCAGUAACCAACCAUUUCAGCAACUGGCUUGCUACUAGCCUCAGCAUAUUUUAUUUGUUCAAGAUUGCCAAUUUCUCCAACUUUAUUUUUCUUCACCUGAAGAGGAGACUUAAGAGUGUCAUUCCAGUGAUGCUAUUCGGGGCUUUGUUAUUUUUGGUUUGUCAUCUUGUCAUGUUAAACAUGGAUGAGAGUGUGUGGACAAAAGAAUAUGAAGGAAAUGUGAGUUGGAAGAUCAAAUUGAGUGAUACAACGCAUCUGUCUGACAUGACUGUAAGCACACUUACAAACUUAAUACCCUUUACUCUAUCCCUGACAUCUUUUCUCCUGUUAAUCUGUUCUCUGAGCAAACAUCUCAAGAAGAUGCAGCUCCAUGGCAAAGGAUCUACAGAUCUCAACAUCAAGGUCCACAUAAAAGCUUUGCAAACUGUGAUCUCCUUCCUCUUGUUAUUUGUUAUUUAUUUUCUGUCCCUAACCACGUCAAUUUGGCAUCUUAGAAGCACGCUGCAGAAUGAACCUGUCCUCAUGCUGUGCCAAAUUACUGCAAUUAUAUGUCCUUCAUUUCAUUCAUUCAUCCUAAUUUGGGGAAGCAAGAAGCUAAAACAGACCUUCCUUUUGAUUUUGUGUCAGAGUAGGUGCUGAGUAAAAGACCAGAAACUCUCAAAUUUCUGGGUUCACAAGUGGGACAUCGUGUGUCUCCAAGAUAAAACAAACUGAUAGUGUCUGGAACAUUUUAUACUUUCUGCUGGCUUUUUUGUAGUGUAUAUCUUUCAGUAAUUUCCAAAAGUAGACCUAGAAAAGUCUUUUACCUAAAGUUAGCCUAAAAAAGUAUCCAUAUAUGCAUGUGUAUGUGUAUAUGAAACUCUUAAGAGACAGUGACAAUAACAUAAUCUUAAUCAUUUUUUACAAACUGCCAAAUUAUAGAAAAUAUGGUAAGAAAUUUUUCAAAAUCAUGAAGCCAUGUGUAUUUCACAUAUACAUUUCAUAUUAUCAUGUCUUAUUUGAAAAAUUUAUGAUCUCCAUUUAUAAUUGUUAAGAACUUACAGCUUAGUUCACAAAAUGUUGCACUUUUCCACUGUUAUUUGUAUCAUACAUGUGUACCAUAGUGUGCUUGAACAUCAUUAUGUGAACAUCUAGUUUUUGGGAUGGUAUGAGAAUUCUAUUCUAAAUCAAUAAUGAGGUUUUAUCUUUGGAGUAGUUUCUAUUUCAUCAUGAAUUCUAAUUUUAUGUUUAGUUUAAAGCAAGUAAUUAUUGUUAGAAAACUAUGCUCACAAUAAAAUUCAAGG